AUGAUCACCGCCGCCUUGAUAUCGAAGCGAAACCCGCAAGGCUCGACAUCGGAGAACAAGUGGCGGACCGGCGCUCGAGAGCGAGCCUACCGCCGCCGGCUCCUCGAGGCCCUCUGCCGCGCCCGCGGAGGGAGCGCAUCCGGCGCCCGCGCAGUAAAGGAGGCAGCGGACUCCGCCCUCGCCAUCACCGCCCGCGGCCGGUCCCGCUGGAGCCGCGCCAUUCUGUUCGGCCGCCGCGGCGGCAAUCUCCUCCUCAAGGCCCGCGGCAGAGUUUUGGUCCGCCGAGGGAGGCCACGGAUGGUAGCGGCGCCUCGGCCGGAGGGGAAGAGAGUGAGGGACAGCCUGCGUACGCUCCGCUGGCUGGUGCCUGGGUGCCGGAAGGUGUCGACGUCAAGCCUCCUGAAGGAGUCGGCGGACUACGUGGCGGCGCUGGAGAUGCAGGUGAAGGCUAUGCGCGGGCUCUUCGGCGUCUAG